GACCCCCUCAGCCAGGGCCAGGCUCCACUCUGCACUCUACAGGUUGCCUUUCAGACUUUCAGCGCUCACCAGUUACCACAACAGGUUAGAAGGAAGACGCGACACAAUAGACAACAUGAUUCUAAGAACAUUUUUGAAAGUGAAAGAAAUCCAAAUCGGGCAGAUUCUCAAAACUUUUCCACAACUCCCUAUUUCAUUUCAACCUCACCCCAUAUUCUACGGAUCUUCAGCAUUGGACUUGGAUCCGGAGAUUCAAGCACUCCCACAGUUCGACGAAAUUCCGCAGAGAGACCUGUCUGAGUGGAAUAACUUGCUCUUCCACUACUCCCGUAAUAAUCUCAAUCGAGAAGCCCUGAAUCUCUUCUUGGAGAUACGCCGAUUACGAGUGCCUGUCGAUGCCUCUACUCUCUCCUCUCUUCUUAAGGUCUGUAGCUGCUUGUUUGAUCAAAUGCUUGGCAAACAGAUACAUUCCCACUGCAUCAAAUCUGGUUUCGAAGCUGAUGUUAGCGUUGGCACUUCUCUUGUUGACAUGUACAUGAAAAUCAAUGCGGUUGAGGAUGGAAAGAAAAUCUUUGAUAGGAUGCCAGAGAGAAAUGUGGUGUCGUGGACUUCAUUGCUUGCAGGAUAUACACUCAACGGGAUGGUUGACCUCGUUCUGGAACUCUUCCUUCAGAUGCAAGUUGAGGGAAUUAAACCCAACCCCUUCACCUUUGCGAGUGUUCUUGCUGCUUCUGCUGCUCACUCUAUGGUGGAGGGAAUUCGAGUUCAUGGGCAGGUUAUAAAACUUGGUUUUGAGUCUACCACAUUUGUGUGCAACUCAUUGAUUAAUAUGUACUUGAAGUCUGGACUAAUCAGAGAUGCUACAGCGGUGUUCGCAGGCAUGGAAAACAGGGAUGCAGUUUCUUGGAACUCCAUCAUUGCUGGGUUUGUAUUGAAUGGUUUUGAAAUUAAAGCACUAGAAUUCUUCUACCAGAUGAGACUUGCGGGUGCAUUGCCAGGUCCUGAAGAAUGGGUUCGGAUUUGAUAAAAACAUUGGAACGGGAGUCAUGGUAGCAUAUACUAAAUGUGGUGAAAUAGAUGAUGCUUCUGUUUUAUUCUCUAUGAUGAAUGGUUUACAGAAUGU